AUGGAGUCAGCCAAGAACUAACACAGAUUUUCGUGCUGAUUGAUGUGGGGACAGUAGCCACAAUGAGGAACUCCUGUGCGUGUCUGGCAUCCUCUCUCUCAAUUGCCAUUUUUCUCCUGCAGAUUCCUGGAGAUUUCUGUGUAGAAAUUAUUGGAGGAAAUCAAGUGAGUCCUCAUUCAAGACCCUAUAUGGUGCUUCUUAAAGGAGAAAAAAUCUGUGCUGGGGCUCUGAUCGCAAAAGACUGGGUAUUGACUGCUGCUCAUUGUGCCCUGAACAGAAAGUCCCAGGUCAUUCUUGGAGCUCACUCAAUAACUAAGAGAGAGUCAGAAAAACAGAUAAUGUAUGUUAAGAAAGAGUUUCCUUAUCCGUGCUUUGACGAGGACACACAUGAGGGGGAUCUGAAACUUUUACAGCUGAACAAAAAAGCAAAAAUUAAUAAAAAAGUGAGUAUCCUCCCUCUCCCUAAGAAGGGGGAGGAUGUCAAACCGGAAACCGUGUGUAAAGUUGCAGGCUGGGGGAGCAUUCACAAUAACUCACCUCAGUCUGAUACCCUGAGAGAAGUCAAUAUCACCGUCAUAAACCGAAGAAUCUGCAAUGAUGAACAGCACUAUAAUUAUAAUCCUGUGAUUGGACUGACUAUGAUCUGUGCUGGCAGCCUCAAAGGUGGAAAAGACUCGUGCAAUGGAGAUUCUGGAAGCCCUUUGAUAUGUGAGGGUACAUUUAGAGGCAUUACUGCCUUUGGCCUUCCAGGAAAAUGCGGAGACCCUCGAGGACCUGGCAUCUAUACUCUUCUCUCGCAGAAGCAUCUCAACUGGAUAAUUAAGACUAUGAAGGGGUUAGUUUAGCUAAUUGUACUUCAUUUCAUUUGCUGUCACUUCUUUUUUCAUUGUUUGUUUCAAAUUUUUAUUUAAAUUCCAGGUAGUUACAUAUAGUGUAGUAUUGGCUUCGGGAGUAGAAUUUUGUGAUUCAUCAUUUACGGGAUGGGCACUUGCUGUGACUUUUUAAUCUUACCAUAAAUAAAAUCAAUUUGUG